AUGCCAAAUUGUUACUUAAAGACUCUGAAGUGGUCUUACAGUAGGAUAAAAGAAAGGGAUAUCUUCAAGCAGUCAAUAUCUCUGACAUACAGAGGCAAAGAUAACUUCUCGAGCAUCAUUGGAGCUAUCUCAACCGUAUUCGUUCUCAUUGUACUCUUCUGCUACAGUAUAAUCUUACUAAAAUCAAUGUUCAGCAGGAGUGAUGUCAGCUGGAAUCAGAACACAAUUCAGGUAGACUUGAGAGAAGACAACUCUAGUCUUGUUUGGAAAGAAGAAGACCCGAAGUUUAAGAUAUUUUGGAAUGCACCCGGCCAUUAUGUACUUGAUGAGGAUAUUGAGCAAGGUCAAGUUAUUACAGGAACUUUUGUUAAUCGACAAUAUGACGAAGAUUAUUUCAAGACUUCCAGCUCAGAGAAAUCUGAAAUCAUAAACAACACUAUCUCCGCAUCCGACUGAAGUAAUAGCUUCGAUACCUACGAUGACGCAAUAUAUAAUGGAUCGGCAGUCAAGCCUUUCUGACCGAAAUUAGAUGGCUUAAGUUUGCAUGGAAAUCUAGAUCUUGCAAUACCAACAUCUGAGUUAAAGUUUCAGUUCUCAACUUGAAAUUAUGCUCUUGGGUCUAAUUGUAUCGAUGUUGAUAUUGCUAAUGAAGUAGUCUCACAAUCUUUCAUCAAAAUUCACAUUCAGAACAGGUAUGUAGAUCUCAAUGAUAUCGAAAAUCCUAUUAAGAACUACUAUGACUAUGGAUACAACAUAAAGUUUGAGAACAAUAAAUGGAAGAAGAUCAAAUUCAAACUAAAGAGACAUGAAGUCGUGCUGGAAGAUUCCUUCCUUCCAACUUUUUGGGAUCCUGAUCCUCUCUAUUUCAAUAGCCUUGAAGACUUUGAGAUUACCGAAGAGCCAUUUAUAUUAGGAAGUGAAACUGCAGGAUUAUUAGAUAUUGCUAUUACAAGAGACACCCAGAUUGAACAACACAGAAGAAAAGUGUUGGAUUUUUUAGAAGUCACAGGCAUUCUUGGAGGUCUCUUCGAGAUAUUCGAGCUGGGUUUCGGGAUGCUCCUUGGACUCAUCUCUUCAUAUCUGUUCAAACGUCAGAUCUUUAAAGACAUUCAGAGAUAUGAAGAAAAGUUUAAAGCAAUGGAGAAAUGCAUCAAAUUGUUGGAAGGGAAAAUCAACAACAACCAGAAAGAAGAGGAAAACGAAGAUCUCCGUUAUGUAGAUAAGGAGGAAUACAGUAAAGAAGAUAACAAGGAAGAAUCUAAAGAGCCCAGACAAAAUGAUGAUCUUAACGACUCUCAAGUAAAAUUGAGAGAAUUUUAAGUUUUUAAAUGAAGGAGGAGAGUUAUUUCAUCCAGGAGUUAAAAAUAACCCUCCAAACCCAACAAGCGACCCAGAUAAUAAGCAUAAAAACAUCUUUCUAUUCAAACGUUUCCCAGAUAAUUUUACUCGUCAAAGCCCCAAUCUCCAAACCAUAAAGUCUUCACACAAAGUUAUACCAGAAUCCAAGUCAAUUUUCCAAAAAAUCAAAUAAAAUCGAUGAAGAAAUCGGAAAUUUUGAGAACUCGUUGGACUGCCUGAACAUCACUUAUUCCCUCAAAACCUUACAAGUGCAGGUGGCCUUCCUGCUUCGGCAGAACACUGACUAUAUGGCAGAGCUAGGCUCUAGCCCGGCGCUGGACAUAAACUUCGCUAACCCUCCUCCAGCUCCACCCUCUCCCAAAACCCACCCUUCUCCCUCCAACCCAGCCCAUCCAGACCCCCCUCCACUCAGAACCCUCGCCUACCACUCCCUUACUCCAGCCAGCCACCCUGCUCGCUUCCAGAAAUACCUGAAGCCUAGUCCCUAAAUUUGUACUGAACAUUUGUUAAAAAUAGC